AUGCUGCUCCUUACCCUCUUUUGUGUAGCUUCUCUGAUCAGCAGCAUCAAUGCAGAGUGUGGCCUCCGACCAUCUUACGAGUCCUUUCUGGAGACUGGCAAGAGGAUCACAGCAGGGAGAUACGCCAAGACUGGGGAGUUCCCGUGGCACGUGAGCAUCCAGAGCAAUGGGAAACAUAUCUGUGGAGGCACCAUGAUCAGCGCAUUGUGGAUUUUAACUGCGGCCCAUUGCUUUGCGGAAGAGGUGCCACCAGAUCUCACUGUUGUAGUGGGGGGAACUGACCUCAGCCGCCCGCUGGAACAACAUAGGCCGGACAGCUUGAUCCUCCACGAAAACUUUGACAGAAUGAGCAUGCAAAAUGAUAUCGCUCUGAUCCUGCUCAGCAAUCCCAUUGAGUUCAGCAAUGAGAAAAUCCCCAUCUGCUUGCCCUUCAUAUAUGACAUCAACACGUGGCAACACUGCUGGGUUGCUGGGUGGGGAACAACAAGUGCACCUGUUGCGGUUCCAGCGUCCCACGUGCUGCAGAAAGCGCGGAUGAAGCUCAUCAGCAGGGAGGAAUGCUUGGAGCGGAUCCCGCAGCUAGAGGAGAACGUGCUGUGUGCUGAGCUGGAGAAAGGAGAAAGAGGUGCCUGCCAGGUGGACAGCGGGGGACCUCUGGUUUGCAGCUACUGGAACACCAUGAAGUGGUUUCAGGUUGGCAUCGUCAGCUGGGGAGAAGAUUGUGCAGAAAAGCCAAACCAUGAGAUCUUAAUAUCUGUUUACAGCUACCGUGGCUGGAUCGAGACUGAAACAGCCAUAAGGGGGAAACCUUUCUUCAUUGAAGGCGUGGAUAACCACGCAAAUGGCGAGGUGGUUCUUUCCAGGGCUGAGACACAGCUGGUGUUUCUUGAGUGUCGCCUCCUUUUAUUUAUCUCUUUAACAGCAAUUAGAUUACUCUAGAGAAGAUUUUUCAAAACAUAAUAAAAGAACUAUUGUCUCAUUCUUCUUUUGCUGCUGACCCAUAUAAUCAUGUCUCAGGUCAACCUGCUCCAUCUCACUGAUGUGGACACAGAUGCCAAAAUGAGAUGGCACAGUGAGGCAAGGAAGCGAUGCAGAGGACAGAGAGAUGAAUGAGAGAGCCCAGGACACUGACAAGAGAGGCCAUAAUCCUCUGAAAAAAACAGAUUUUCCACACUGGUGGGUCACAUCAGGCCCAGUUUUUUGCUAAGCUCACAUGCAAAGUCAAGAUAUGACAGCUGAAGCAACUGCUCCCCUUGGAAAACUGAAACCCUAAGAAAGGUCUUAGCUUAGUUGCAUAUUAACUUAGCUGUUGGUAGGAUAGCUCUGGGUUAAUGUAUCUUACAGCUAAUUAUUAGCUG